CUGGUCUUGCAUGAGGCACAUCUGAUUGGCUGACACUAGUCAGGUGGCCAUUUCGCGGAAGUGUAUUCGGCACACAAUGCGCAUGGAUGCUGCGUAGUUUUUGCAAAUAACAGUUAUGGAACAGAAUAAUGAUAGCAGCAGCUUGGCCCAAGUGCGGCACGUCAUCUUGGUUCUGUCCGGCAAAGGCGGUGUGGGGAAGAGUACCAUCACCGCUGAGCUUGCUCUGGCGCUGAGGCAUGCUGGGAAAAAGGUUGGCAUCCUGGACGUGGACCUGUGCGGGCCAAGCAUCCCGCGGAUGCUGAGCGUGGGCCGCCCCGACGUGCAUCAGUGCGACGCGGGCUGGGUGCCCGUCUACGCCGACGCGGAGAAAAACCUCGCGCUCAUGUCCAUCGGCUUCCUGCUGGACGACCCGGAUGAAGCCGUGGUGUGGAGGGGACCCAAGAAAACAGCGAUGAUCGGCCAGUUUGUGUCGGACGUGGCGUGGGGCGAGCUGGACGUGCUGCUGGUGGACACGCCGCCAGGGACGUCUGACGAGCAUUUGUCCAUAUUGGAGAACCUCAAGAAGCACAAAGCGGUGGACGGGGCUGUUUUGGUCACCACGCCGCAGGCGGUGUCCACGGGCGACGUCAGAAGAGAGGCGACUUUCUGCAAGAAAACCGGAGUGCGCAUCCUCGGCAUCGUGGAGAACAUGAGCGGCUUUGUUUGUCCGCACUGCUCGGAAUGCAGCAAUAUAUUUUCCAAAGGCGGGGGUGAGGAGUUGGCCAAACUUACAGCAUCGCCUUUCCUCGGUUCCGUGCCCUUGGAUCCUCAGUUGAGCGCCAGUGUCGAGCAAGGCAAAGACUUCCUGGAGUCAUUCCCAGACAGCGCCACCUUCAGUGCCAUUAGCGGCAUUACAAAAACCCUCCUCGACAACCUCAAUACUGCCUGAAUGACAGAAAAUGUAAAACAAUAUGUAUAAAGUACAAAAGGGAUGAUUAAAACAAAAAUUAUUUUGCAGACUCG